AUGGCAACGCUUUCCUCAAUACCAGCACCAGAGAUGCGCCCACAUUCACCGUACAGAACACCGGGUGAUAAAUCUGCUUGGUCAACUAAAACCAAUUUAGAGCGAUUCAUUUGGAUUCUACAAACACCGUUUCGUACUCUUUUAUGUUUAUCGAAUGUCACGGUUUUUUUUGUUACCUACUUUGGCUUUAUGCUUCCAGUUCUUUGGGCUCGAUCUUUAUGGCCGAGACUGUAUUGGUUUUAUGAAGGAAAGCUUUAUUCUUGGUUACAAGCGUUCAUUGGCUAUGCGGGCUAUACUGCUGGAUAUGAUGUGUAUGAAUACGGUGAUGAUGUUAGAAAGUUAUGUGUUGAUGAACGGAUUAUUCUUAUGUGCAAUCAUCAGAGUACCGCAGAUGUUCCUGUUCUGAUGACCACCCUACAAAGCAAGGGAGUUGCCAGUAGAAAGACUUUAUGGUUAAUGGAUGUGAUGUUUCGAUGGACACCAUUCGGAAUUAUUGCUCAAAUGCAUGGUGAUUAUUUUAUUAAACAAGGAAGAGCAACACGAGAAAAGGAGCUGAUUCGUUUGAAGGAUCACUUACGAAAAGUUUUUUGGGAUCGUGACCGACGUUGGAUUAUUCUGUUCCCAGAAGGCGGUUUCUACUAUAAAAGGAUUCAGUCUAGUCAGAAAUAUGGUCGUGAAAAUGGUUAUCCGCACUUGGAACAUGCAACAUUACCUCGUUAUGGUGCUAUUAAAGCAGUUAUGGAGGAAGUUGGUCCAAAAAAAGGUUACAAUUAUGCAGAUGGUGUAACUGCGUCUGAAAACGGUAGCAAAUUGCAGCUAAUUCGGGAUACAGUUGGAGCAAUCCGAGAAAAAAAAUACAUCAAAGGUUUUUUUUUCCUGUUUGCAUUCGACGAGAAUAACAAACAUUCUGUUUUUAAUAUAACGUAG